UUAUUAGAACAAAGAAACCCUCCACAGUACCCAACACACCCACAACAUGGAUCAUGACAUGGGCAUGGCAGCACCACCGCCAUCCACCAUGGUGAUGAUGAAGCGCCGCCAUUUCAUGCACAUGACAUUCUUCUGGGGGACAAAGUCUGAGGUUCUGUUCGACGAAUGGCCUGGGGACAGCCGUGGCAUGUACGCGCUCGCUCUGCUCUUUGUUUUCGUCAUGUCCUUCCUGGUGGAGUGGCUGUCCCACACCCGGUUUAUGAAACCCGGUUCCAACAAGCUCAGUGCCGGUUUGGGUCAGACCGUGUUACACCUCCUUAGAGUUGGUUUGGCAUACCUCGUUAUGCUUGCUCUCAUGUCGUUCAACGCCGGUGUCUUCUUGAUGGCUGUGUUGGGUCACGCUCUCGGCUUCUUCUUCUUUGGUAGCAGGGCUUUCGCUAAACCACACAACGAUAAGAGAUAUGAUGAUCUUCCGCCAAUGUCUUGUUGAUUAUUA